AUGCGGACCCCUCGAGCGCCCCCUCCCCGCCCGGCCUUGCUGCUCCUGCUGCUGCUGCUCCUAGGGACUGCCCACGGUCUCUUCCCCGAGGAAGCGCCACCACUUAGCGUUGCCCCUAGGGACUACCUGAGCCACUACCCGGUGUUCGUGGGCAGCGGGCCUGGGCGCUUGACCCCCACUGAGGGCUCUGACGACCUCAACAUCCAGCGGGUACUGCGUGUCAACAGGACCUUGUUCAUUGGGGACAGGGACAACCUGUACCGGUUGGAGCUGGAGCCCCCCACUUCCACGGAGCUGCGGUACCAGCGGAAGCUGACCUGGCGCUCCAACCCCAGCGACAUCGACGUGUGUCGGAUGAAGGGCAAGCAAGAGGGCGAGUGUCGAAACUUUGUGAAGGUGCUGCUGCUUCGUGACGAGUCCACGCUGUUCGUGUGCGGCUCCAACGCCUUCAACCCGGUGUGCGCCAAUUACAGCAUCGACACGCUGCGGCCUCUUGGGGACAACAUCAGUGGCAUGGCCCGCUGCCCGUAUGACCCCAAACAUGCCAAUGUUGCCCUCUUCUCUGACGGGAUGCUAUUCACAGCCACAGUGACUGACUUUCUAGCUAUCGAUGCUGUCAUCUACCGCAGCCUUGGGGACCGGCCCACCCUGCGUACUGUAAAGCAUGACUCCAAGUGGUUCAAAGAGCCCUACUUCGUCCAUGCAGUGGAGUGGGGCAGUCAUGUCUACUUCUUCUUCCGGGAGAUCGCCAUGGAGUUCAGCUACCUGGAGAAGGUGGUGGUGUCCCGUGUAGCCCGGGUGUGCAAGAAUGACGUGGGGGGCUCCCCACGCGUGCUUGAGAAGCAGUGGACGUCCUUCCUGAAGGCACGGCUCAACUGCUCUGUGCCUGGGGACUCCCAUUUCUACUUCAACGUGCUGCAGGCCGUGACUGGCGUGGUCAGCCUGGGAGGCCGGCCUGUUAUCCUCGGGGUCUUCUCCACCCCCAGCAACAGCAUCCCAGGCUCGGCUGUCUGUGCCUUUGACAUGACACAGGUGGCUGCUGUGUUCGAAGGCCGCUUCCGUGAGCAGAAGUCCCCAGAGUCCAUCUGGACGCCGGUGCCGGAAGAUCAGGUGCCCCGGCCCAGGCCUGGCUGCUGUGCAGUGCCCGGAACACAGUACAACUCGUCCAGCGCGCUGCCCGAUGACAUCCUCCAGUUUGUCAAGACGCAUCCACUGAUGGACGAGGCGGUGCCCUCACUGGGCCACGCGCCCUGGAUCGUGCGGACACUCAUGCGGAACCAGCUGACACGAGUGGCCGUGGACGUGGGUGCCGGCCCCUGGGGCAAUCAAACCGUGGUCUUCCUGGGCUCUGAGGUGGGCACUGUCCUCAAAUUCCUUGUCCGGCCCAAUGCCAGCGACUCAGGGACUGCAGGGGUCAGUGUCUUGCUGGAGGAGUUUGAGACCUACCGGCCAGACAGGUGCGGCCGAUCCGGAGGCAUUGGGGAGACAGAACAGCGUCUGCUGAGCCUGGAGCUGGACACAGCCUCGGGUGGCCUACUGGCAGCCUUCCCCCACUGCCUGGUCCGUGUGCCCGUGGCCCGCUGUCAACAGUACUCUGGGUGCAUGAAGAACUGCAUCGGCAGCCAGGACCCCUACUGUGGGUGGGCCCCGGAUGGCUCCUGCAUCUUCCUCCGCCCAGGGACCAGAGCCACCUUUGAGCAGGACGUGUCCGGGGCCAGCACCUCAGGGUUAGGGGACUGCACAGGACUCCUGCGCGCCAGCCUGUCGGAGGAGCGCGCGGGGCUGGUGUCGGUGAACCUGCUGGUGACAUCGUCGGUGGCGGCCUUCGUGGUGGGCGCCGUGGUGUCCGGCUUCAGCGUGGGCUGGUUCGUGGGCCUCCGGGAGCGGCGGGAGCUGGCCCGCCGCAAGGACAAGGAGGCCAUCCUGGCGCACGGGGGCGGCGAGGCGGUGCUGAGCGUCAGCCGCCUGGGCGAGCGCAGGGCGGCGGGGCCGGGCGGGCGCGGGGGGCCGGGCGGGGGCCCCGGGGUCCCCCCGGAGGCGCUGCUGGCGCCCCUCAUGCAGAACGGCUGGGCCAAGGCCACGCUGCUGCAGGGCGGCCCGCACGACCUGGACUCGGGGCUGCUGCCCACGCCCGAGCAGACGCCGCUGCCGCAGAAGCGCCUGCCCGCCCCGCACGCGCACGGCCACGCGCCCCAGAUCGGGCCCGCGCACGCCGUGGGCCCGCGCGCCUGGGACCACGGCCACCCGCUGCUGCCCGCCUCGGCGUCGUCCUCGCUGCUGCUGCUGGCCCCGGCGCGGGCCCCCGAGCAGCCCCCGGUGCCGGGAUCCAUGUCGGUGCCCGCCGAGCCGGGCCCCGAUGGUCGCCUGUGCGUCCCCCGGCCCGGCCGCGCCUCCCACGGCGGCGUUCCGCUCACGCCCCACGCCAGCCCGGACCGCCGGCGCGUGGUGUCGGCGCCCACCGGCCCCUUGGACCCAGCCUCGGCCGGCGACAGCCUGUCCCGGCCUUGGAGCCCCCCGCCCACGGGCAGCCUCCGGAGGCCCGGCCCGCACGGGCCGCCGGCCGCCGCGCUGCGCCGCACGCACACGUUCAACAGCGGCGAGGCCCGGCCCGGGGACCGCCACCGCAGCCGCCACGCCCGGCCCAGCACGGACCUGGCCCACCUCCUCCCCUAUGGGGCGGGGGACCGGACUGCGCCCCCCGUGCCCUAGGCCGGGCCCCCGCGCCUCGGCGGUGCCAACACGGGAAGCAGGAGGCCAGCUCCGGGUGCUCCGGCCCCGCCGCGUGGGGACGUCGCCACACGCAAGCACAAGAGCCCCCGCCGGGCCGCAGGA